UCACAUAAUAAUGUCACACAGUAUGUCCAUAAUUUCAUGCUUUAUCCAAAUGAUGUUUGCUAAAGUUCUAAUAUGAAACCUUGAGGAAAUUUAGCAAAGAAAGCAACGUUAACCCUUUGGACAAGUUAGUGGGCAGAAAGAAAAGCUUGAAGUUACUCUUAUCAUGCCAUACCACACCAUGAGCGUGCCCCCAAAGCUUGCCAUUCUCAUUCUUGUAUAAAACUCUCCUUCUGUCAUCACACUUCUAUAAAACUUUCAUUAUAUAUCACAUCAUCUUUUGUCAACCUUCAACAAAUUCAGUGGUUGCAUAUUGCAGCUAGCUUUCAUGUACAAUGGAAGGAGAGGGAAGCAUUCAUGUACAAGUGGAUGAACUCCAAAUGGUGAGGCUCAGCGAAACCAUCAGCAUAGGCACCACCAUGUUUGAGCCUCGUGGCCUCAGCAGCAUAGACAAGUUUGACAGUAACAGCACUGUCAAUUCUGUCUCUCCAACAACCUCAGCACCGGAAAAGAAGCUCACCCUUUUUGCCCUCCAGCUUGCAGUGCUUGAAAAAGCAGCCACCGGGUUGGGAACUCUCGGUUUCAUAUGGGCAACCGUUGUCCUUCUCGGUGGUUUCGCCAUCACCUUAGAAAAAACCGACUUCUGGUUCAUCACCAUCAUCCUUGUUGUUGAAGGAACCAGGAUUUUCAGCAGGAGCCAUGAACUUGAAUGGCAGCACCAAGCCACAUGGUCUAUCACUGAGAACCAUCACCACCAAUAUGUCGCAGCUGAUGCUACCCCAACAAGGACACCAACUAGGAUGUGGGUUAGCUCAGAUGUUCCACUCCUACCAUAUGCUAAAUGGUUUUUCCUUUCAAGGCAUGUUAGUAGGCUUCUCUAUUGGCUACAGCUUCUUUCUGCAACGGCUUGUGUGGUUCUCUCGUUAAUAAAGCUCGUGAUGCAUAACUACGGAGAGGUGGCAAAGGGAGACACUGACAAGAGGAACCGCAAAUCAGCUCUUUCCAUCUUCUAUGCGUUGGCUCUUGCAGAAGCUCUGUUGUUUCUGAUGGAAAAGGCCUAUUGGGAGUGGCAAGUCAGCUAUUGCAAGCUGUUGGAAGAGGUUAACAAGGAGUGUGAGUUGGGGCCACGGGGAAUGGUGUCCACUAGAAGGUUCUUCUAUGAUGCCUAUUCAAGAUGUGUCAAUGGAAGCAUAUUUGAUGGCUUGAAAAUGGAUAUGGUGAGUUUCUCUAUGGACUUGUUGGCUUCUAACUCACCUGAUGAGCAGCUCAUUGGAGCAAGAAUUCUUAGACAGUUUUCAGUCAGUGAAAGAUUUUCUGAUGAUACCCUUCAAAAGAUUGGAAUUGAUAUAUCAGUGGCGGAGAGACUAGUUGAGAUGUUGAAUUGGACAGACCCUAAGGAGGAAGAGAUUAGGCUCUCGGCUGCAGAGAUUUUGUCAAAAUUAGCUGGCAAAAAGCAGAACUCUCUCCGCAUAGCUGGAAUACCAGGAGCAAUGGAAUCAAUAUCAUCCCUUUUGAAAACUAAUAGGAGUGUAAUUCCUGCAGCUGAUGAGAUAGGGGAAAAGAAACUUGUAUUUGAUCACCAAUAUUAUGGGUUCUGUACAUUUAACCAAUUGGGACUCCUCAUACUCAAAAAACUUGCACGUGAUCUUGACAACUGUGGAAAGAUUGGAAACACAAGGGGCCUUCUUCCAAAGAUCAUAGACUUCACACAUGCUGAAGAAUGGUUGCUGAAGAGUGAAAAUGUUACUUCAACGCAAGUCGUAACCGUGAAGAGAUCUUUGCAACUGGUGAAGAUGUUGGCUAGCACUGUUGGCACUACUGGGAAAUAUCUUCGAAGAGAGAUUUCAGAGAUAGUUUUCACCAUCAGCAAUAUUAGAGACAUUUUGAGACAUGGAGAGAAGCAUCCUCUUCUACAGAAACUGGGCAUAGAAAUUUUGACCAGCCUGGCAUUGGAAGAGGAUGCAACGGAAAGAAUAGGGGGCACUGGUGGAGUGCUUAAAGAACUUUUCAACAUUUUUUUCAGGCACAACAUACCAGAAAAUCAGAAACAUAUAAAAAUUGUUGCGGGUGAGGCCCUUGCAAUGCUGGUUUCGGAAAGCAAGAAUAACUGCCAUCGAAUUUUGAAGUUGAGAGUACUAGAAAGGCUCGAAGAAGCAUUGAAAGAUCCAUUGCUUCGGGUCAAUGCAGCUAGAAUUCUAAGAAAUUUAUGCACCUACAGUGGACCAGAAUUGUUCAACCAGCUAAAGGGGGUAACAACUGCAGCACCAAUAAUACUUAAGGCGAUCAUGUCAGAAGAAAACAAGAUACAAGAAAUGAUGAUUGGACUAGCUGCAAAUGUUUUCAGAUACAUGACUACUCAUGAAUCAAGCAUUGUAUUUGAAGAAGCUGGAAUCACCGAGGUUGAACUAGCAAACAAAUUAGUCCAGAUUCUGAAGAAACACAAGUAUCCCCCAACCAAGGUCCCAAGGAUAAGGAGGUUCGUGAUAGAGUUGGCUAUUUGGAUGAUGAAAGACAAAUCAGAAAACAUAGACACCUUCAAGGGAAUGGGAAUGGAAGCGGUGUUGGAGGAUGUCUUAGAGACCACAUCGGAGCUUGAAAGCUUUAAUGUUUUCUCCGGCACAGUUGGACUUAACCGGCACAAUAUAACAACUCAGUCACUCGUUGACAUGGCACUGAAAUUGAUGGAAGAUAGGUAAACCAUCAUGGACCAUAUUACUACAGUACAAAGGACAAGCAUGUUUGCUGCGGCUGAAAAGAACUUAUUCAUUGAUUUUCCAGAUUCAAUGUUGAACUUGAAAUAAAUUAUUGACAUUUUACUUCUUAUGCCUGCAUGCUUUCUCUGAAACAAUACGAAGUUAUAACUUCAAUUAUGAAGGAUCCAUUUUGACCAAACUCGAAAUUAUGGGGCUUUUCUUAGCUCAACUAAGGCUUCCAGUUACAUGGAUUUCAAAUGUUUUGGCGCUGUAGUUAAGGAUGCUAAUAAAAUUAUCGCAUGAAAACAUCUCGGGAGAAAAAAAUGACAUAGCAAUCAUGGAAAAUUUUGCAGUCUGUUUCCUCGUAUAAAAAACAGAAAAUAUUAAAGUGGAGUCAAUGUAAUAA